AUGGCCGUCCUCUCCCGCCUCCUCCCCGUUGUCGCGAGUGCCUACGGUCUGCAGUCUGUACUCGCUGCCAUCUUUGUACCGCAGGCCAAUGAAAAGUUCUACGAUCUGGGCGGCGCGCUAGGGUUCAUGUCGACCACGUUUAUCUCGCUCUAUUACCCCGCACUGAAAUCCAAGUUCUACGAGGGAAAGAUAAUCUCGUUGCCGCCGUUGAGCAGCUUCGCGCCCAGACAGCUUCUCAUCACCGCUUGCUUGGGCGUCUGGAGCGCCCGACUGGGCAGUUUCCUGUUCAAUCGCGCCAUGAAAGCCGGCGGAGACUCGAGAUUCGACGAGGUCAAACACCAGCCGGGCACGUUCACCGUCUUCUGGAUGGCUCAAGCUACCUGGGUUCUCCUGGUCGGGUUACCUGUUUACCUAGUGAACGUCCUACCUGGCCACCUGCAUCCGGCGCUGUCCAUCAGGGACUACGCCGCCGCCGCACUUUUCGCUUCGUCGUUCCUCUUUGAGGUGACGGCCGACCACCAGAAGUCGGUAUGGCGCAAGGCCAGGGAUCGCAAGCAGCAUGACGAGAAGUUUCUCACGUCCGGUUUGUGGGGCAUCUCCCGCCAUCCUAACUACGUCGGAGAGGUUGGGAUUUGGACCGGUAUCUGGGCGCUCUCGACCGCGAGUUUGCAGACGGCGUACUUCCCUCGUGGAACGGUCGCUCUCGCUGCAGCCAGUCCUCUCUUCACCUACUUCCUCCUUCGCAAGGUUUCCGGCGUCCCGCCCCUGGAGCGUGCUGGGAACAAGAAAUUCGCGGGUGAUCCAAAAUGGGCCGAAUAUAAAACUAAUGUUCCAAUCUUCUGGCCAUUCACGGGAGGCGACCGAUCGUGAAUGGUCAUCGUAGUCAUUCUUCUUGUGUCUUUAGGGGGUCAAGCUAUACGCUAUCAUCUGCAGGGUGGCAAGGCUGGGCAUGAUAGACGCUCCUGGCAGAUGGCAAGGUUUCGC